CACCUUCUAGUCCGUGACAGCAGCUGGAGCACAGGUUGUUAGCUAGAAACGCGGUACUCCUCUCCUCCUCCUCAUCAUGGUUGAUAUUUGUGCUAAAUAAACAGGAGGAUAUCUGUUUUUUUUAUUUUGACAGGCUAAGCUUUCAUGCAAUCCACCGAUCUCCUCCCUCCUACAUGAGACAGAGGCUUUAAAUAGCGGAGAAGAAUAAAGCUGCUGGUCAAAUACACAGACAUGGCGACCAGUGCCAAGAGGCCAUCCCUGCAGGGUCCAGUGCCCCCUCCUCGCAAGAAGACAACUCCCAAGCCAGAGCUGACCGAGGAGCAGAAGCAGGAGAUUAGGGAGGCCUUCGAGCUCUUUGACACCGAUGGCUCUGGCCACAUCGACGUGAAGGAGCUCAAGGUUGCAAUGAGAGCUUUGGGGUUCGAGCCAAAGAAGGAGGAGAUCAAGAAGAUGAUCGCCGAGGUGGAUAAGGACGGGACUGGGAAGAUCUCCUUCGCUGACUUUCUGGCUGUCAUGACUCAGAAAAUGGCCGAGAAAGACUCCAAAGAGGAGAUUCUUAAGGCUUUCCGGCUAUUUGAUGACGACGAAACCGGCAAGAUCUCUUUCAAGAACCUGAAGAGGGUGGCCAAAGAGCUCGGAGAAAACCUGACGGACGAAGAGCUGCAGGAAAUGAUCGACGAGGCGGACAGGGAUGGGGACGGAGAAGUGAACGAGCAGGAGUUCCUGCGCAUCAUGAAGAAAACCUGCCUGUACUGAAGGCAGAGCGCCACGUCAGGGCUGGUGACGUAGAGCCAAGCAAGGCCCGGACAGUGCUUUGUGUGUAACGCUGCUCAUGCACUCGCGUAGAAAACCUUUAUUUAAUGUGUUGUGCCAUAAAUCUUACCGGAAAAGUAUCAAACCGCAUAAAGAUCACGUGCUACAGUGGGGUAAAUGCAUCUCAGGCUUGAAGAGAACUAGCGAAAAGCCAAAUACCAUUCGUAUUCGAUUAGCCGUCAUAGAAAACGAACCAUGCUGCAGAUUUCUAACAGGAAUAUAGAUUCAUAUCGAUGCCAAAUUCAGUUG